UUAAAGGCGCCGCGUGCCGGCUGCCUGUGUCUGCUUGUCCUCUUGUGGGUGUGUGUGUGCGAGCGCGCCCAGCGAUAGCGGAGCCGGAGCCAUCGCCUUGUGCAGAUCUGCCACGAUGCCCGGGUCUCUUCCAGUGAACACUGAAUCCUGCUGGCCCAAAGAUGUGGGUAUUGUUGCACUGGAAAUCUAUUUUCCCUCUCAGUAUGUUGACCAGACAGAGCUGGAGAAGUAUGACGGUGUGGAUGCAGGCAAAUACACCAUUGGGUUAGGCCAGUCAAAGAUGGGCUUCUGCUCUGACCGAGAGGAUAUCAAUUCCCUCUGUUUGACUGUGGUUCAGAAGCUUAUGGAGAGGAACAGCCUAUCCUAUGACUGCAUUGGGAGACUGGAAGUUGGAACGGAGACAAUAAUUGAUAAAUCAAAAUCGGUGAAGACUGUCCUGAUGCAGCUGUUUGAAGAAUCUGGUAAUACAGAUGUAGAAGGAAUUGACACAACCAAUGCGUGCUAUGGAGGCACUGCUGCUCUUUUUAAUGCUAUUAAUUGGAUUGAGUCCAGUUCUUGGGAUGGACGCUAUGCACUUGUUGUUGCUGGAGACAUUGCCGUGUAUGCCACUGGAAAUGCCAGGCCAACAGGUGGAGCUGGUGCUGUUGCUAUGCUAGUUGGUCCAAAUGCUCCUCUAAUUUUUGAGAGAGGAUUGCGUGGAACCCACAUGCAGCAUGCUUAUGACUUCUAUAAACCAGAUAUGGUCUCUGAAUAUCCUGUAGUUGAUGGCAAACUGUCUAUACAGUGCUACCUCAGUGCAUUAGAUCGCUGCUAUAGUGUUUAUCGCAACAAGAUCCAUGCCCAGUGGCAAAAAGAGGGGACAGACAGACGUUUCACCUUGAAUGAUUUUGGAUUCAUGAUCUUUCAUUCUCCCUACUGUAAACUGGUACAGAAGUCUGUGGCAAGGUUAUUGCUGAAUGACUUUCUCAGUGACCAGAAUGCAGAAACAGCAAAUGGUGUUUUCAGUGGUCUGGAAGCUUUCAGGGAUGUAAAGCUUGAAGAUACAUAUUUUGACAGGGAUGUGGAAAAAGCUUUUAUGAAAGCUAGUGCAGAGCUCUUCAAUCAGAAAACCAAAGCUUCUUUACUUGUGUCCAAUCAGAAUGGAAACAUGUACACGCCUUCAGUCUACGGUUGCCUUGCUUCUCUUCUAGCCCAAUACUCUCCAGAGCACCUUGCAGGACAAAGAAUUAGUGUGUUCUCCUAUGGCUCUGGUUUUGCUGCUACACUGUAUUCCAUCAGAGUUACACAGGAUGCCACUCCUGGUUCUGCACUGGACAAAAUUACUGCCAGCCUUUCUGAUCUUAAAGCAAGACUUGACUCAAGAAAAUGCAUUGCACCUGAUGUCUUUGCUGAAAACAUGAAGAUUAGACAGGAGACACAUCACUUGGCCAACUAUAUUCCACAGUGUUCAGUAGAAGAUCUCUUUGAGGGAACAUGGUAUCUUGUGCGUGUGGAUGAGAAACACAGAAGAACAUACGCGCGGCGCCCAGUUAUGGUUGAUGGACCCCUGGAGGCAGGAGUUGAAGUUGUCCACCCAGGCAUUGUUCAUGAGCACAUCCCAAGCCCUGCUAAGAAAGUGCCAAGAAUCCCUGCAACAACAGAAUCUGAAGGCGUUACUGUUGCCAUUUCCAAUGGGGAGCAUUAAGAUACCUCUGUGAGGUGGGAAAUGGAAAAAGGUGUGAGGGUAGGAUGAAAGAGUGGAAAGAUUACAGUAGUACUGGAGUUUCACUAUACAGUAGUACUUAAUUGGAGCAUGAAAAAGCUGUUUAAACUCCUUGAAAGGAUUUGUCGUAAUACUGCGUGCUGAUAUUUAUAGUAUUUUCAGAACACUAAAAUCAUUAAUAUACUGGGGAUAGAGCAACUUGCUAGGGGCUUUGUGGAUUCCUUAAUGUGUCCAAAUUUUUUAAUUGCUGAGUAGUAGUAGUCUAUUACAAGGUCUUUGUACAUAGAAAAGAAUGAAUCUUCUGCUUGCUUUUCCCAUGUUAAAUGACUUGAAACCUCCACUGUUAACUUCUACUUGUACUUGCAAAAGUCUGAGCUUUUAAUGUUAGGGUUCUCAGUGCCUUGACAGUAACUAGUCAGUCUUCUGAAUACUGCACUUCUCUUUCCCUUUAUUACCUUCCCUUUCUUAUCCCAGUCUACCUCUCCUCACACCGUUGCUUUGGAAAAGGUAUAGAACCAAAUAACAUUACUGGAAAAAAAUUACUUUCCCUCCAUCAGAAUGACUGGUUCAAGAACACAAGGCUGAUAGUUUCGCCGUUAAGAAACUCUGUAACUGACUACGUUAGUUACUUCGUAAUUCCACCUACCAUCCAUUUUGUGUGUUCUAUGCCUGCGUUAUAAAUCAUAGAAGCCUGCAGGGAAAGAGCAAUUACAAGGGAGACAAACAGUUGUUCUUCAUAAGAAAUUUCUUGAACUGACUGAUACGGCACUUUUUCAGGAUUAUUAAACUGUCACAGAAACAUUUAAGGAAGCAGACUUUUAAAGUAAAGCUCCUAGAUAUCAUUAGAGUUGCUUUAAUUGGUAAUCUGAAAAAAAGAUCGGUUUGGAUGACCCAAACUUGGAACUCUGACCUCUUGCUAUUCUUUGUAUAAUACAUUUCUAAGAGACAGUUUCUAACUUUGAAUUUGGCAUUGUACUUUGAAGUUCUUCUCUCCAUUGGGGAUGUCGUAGAAGUGGUGUCUUUUCUUUCUUUUUUUUCUGAACAUGCACGCUAGAAGCUAUCCGUCUUGCAAGUAGUAGAUACAUAUUACUUAUGGGGAUUAUAUUCUGGUAGCUUUUUAAAGCCCAGAUUAGAAAUAAACUAUGACAUGAGCCUUGUAAGCUUGUAAUAUAUAUUUAAUUGAGCUAAUGUAUAGAAUGAAGUUUUGUUAAACUUUAUUUCUUUGCUAAUUCUACAGAGCUACGCAUCUCAUAAAGUAGCAACAAAUAUUCAUCUGUUUAAAUCACAAUCUUUUGUUGUGUAACAGUGUGUUUGUAAUAUCUGUCACUUACUAGGGUUUGGUAACUUGCUGUAUUUGUACAGUCAAGCCUUGAUAAAAUUGAUGUUUAUAAUUCGAUGGAUAAUAAUCUGUUUGUUCUGCUGAAAGUGAUGGAGCAGUGAUGCAUGAAAAUAGUGUUUGCAAGUAUUUUGAUUUAGUUUGCCCUCAUGAAACUUGUCCUGGCACCAGAAAAUAAAAAUGCCAUGGAACAAAAGUCCAUUGCUGGCAGUGGACAAGCCAAGAAUUGAGCUGCUACUGGCACAAAAAGUUAACCACAGGGACCUCACUGUGAGGCAGAUCCAUUAUUAAAAUAAAGUUUGAGAUAUUUGAAACAUGCUGGAGUAGUGCUGACUUGUUGGGUUUUCAGGAUGCAAUUUUUCUUUAACAGGCAAGAAAGAGGAAACUGGCCUUAUGAAAACUUGAAGUUCUGGGUUCACAGUCUUUGUGGAUCUCCUGGAUCGUUCUCUUUAAUAUUUCAUUACAAAAAAAAAUGGAAAGAAAGAGUUGCUGAGGCUUGUGGAAAAUCAUUACUUCAAGGCUUUGUUUCAAGAUAACUUAAGUGUUUUCAGGUGGCAUCUGUUUAUAGUGGAGAAAUUCAUUAACAGCCUAUGAAAUAAAAUUAAUCUCAUUACUGUA